GCCACUGCUUGCGUGUCCUCGCCAGAGGCUGCCAUCCUCAGUAUGACUCGCACGUUUGUUCCGGUGGCACUCUGGCUAUGCGCGACGCUGCUCGGUCAACAACACUAUGUCCAGGGAGCGCCGAGGCCCGUCCGUCAGAUCAGUCCAGUUGACCAUGGUCCAUACACGGCCACCGUCCAUGCGACGCCAUUCAUGUCAUCCGGAGCCCUGGGUGGCAUCGGGUCCGCUCUCGGUGGCCUGCACAGCACCGUAAUGGAUGGCCUGCACGGGGCACUGCACGGCGGCGGCAUGUUGGGAGGCGUCCCGGGCUUCCACACUCCGCUUACCGCUGCAAGUCACUUGCUGUCGGGGACGUUCGGCGCUGUGGGACAUCACCUGGGUGGCCUAACAGGGGCAAGCCCUCUAGGAGGCCUCACCGGAUCUCUCACAUCGCCGCUCUCGGCCUUGUCUCCAGCCCUGAACGGCCUGUCCGGUGGCAUUAUUCCAGGCACCGCAGGUGGUGGCAUGUCCGUACUCACUCACACAGUCCACUACGGCAGCUCGGGCGACAUGGGCCUUGCCGCGGCCGAGCACCAGCAUUUGACGAGUACGGCCAACCAGCACAGCCUUCUAGCCAGCCAGGCGCUGGCCGCCGCGGAUGCUGUCGAGAACGCCCAACUGCAGGCCUCUCUUGCUCGGAGGCACCUCAUCCACAAGGCCCUAGCGCACCAGAGCCUCGCGAGUCAGGCGCAGAUGAUGGCCCACAACGCUCACGCACGUCUACUUCAAGCACAGGCUGCGCACACAAGCGUAAUGUCAAUGUACAAUAACGGCGUUGGCCAAGGCUAUCCCAUGAUGGGCAUGCCGGCGUACGGAGGUUACACAGGAGGAAUGAUGCCCCUAGUAGGUGGUGCCAUGGGCUACGCUGAAAACCCUCUGCAUAGCAUCAUCAGGAAACAUUGCACGACUGUGCGUUAUAUCAAUGGCGGUGGUGGGAUGUAUCCAAUGCCGUUGGGUCUCUCGAGUGGUCUCGGUAUCGGAGGAAGCUACCCCUACGGCAUACACAACGCCAUGGCCAUCGGGCAUGGACUCGGCGUCUACGGCAUGCAUGGAGCGUACGGAAGUAGUCCACUUCUCGCCGGUGGCGUUUCGCCGCUUCACAGUGGUCUCGGCAUGGGCAUUACAGGGCUGCAUGGUGGAUACGGAGGCCUAUACAACAGUCUAGGAGGUCUUCACUCAGGCCUUGGCUACGGCGCAGCUGGUCUUUACCACGGUCUUCACAGUGGUCUUGGAUACGGUGCAGUCGGUUUGCAUGGUGGUCUCGGAUACGCUGCCACCGGUCUCUACCAUGGUCUUCAUGGUGGCCUAGGAUACGGUGCCGCCAGCCUAUACCACGGUCUUCAUGGGGGCCUUGGAUAUGGUGCCAGCAGUCUCUACCACGGUCUCCACGGUGGCAUGGGCUACGGAGCUGCAGGUCUCUAUCAUGGCCUCCGCGGUGGUUUGGGCUAUGGAGCCGCAGGUCUUUAUCACGGGCUGCGCGGUGGUUUGGGCUACGGAGCCGCAGGCCUUUAUCACGGCCUCCACAGUGGUUUGGGCUACGGAGCCGCAGGCCUCUAUCACGGCUUGCACGGUGGUUUGGACUACGGAGCCACAGGUCUUUAUCACGGACUCCACGGUGGCUUAGGCUAUGGUGCAGCCGGACUUUACCACGGACUCCACAGUGGCAUGGGCUACGGAGCUGUUGGACUACACAGUGGCCUCGGAUAUGGCAUGGGAGGCCUGCACGGAGGUCUUUCGCACUCAGCUUACGGCCUCCACAGCGGAAUGGGGAUCGCUGGUGGCAGUCUUGCUUACGGCGCCGGAGGACUUUUCGGAGCCCAUCAUCCUCUACACACGGCCAUGCAUUCGUCAAGCUUUUCAAGUUACGGUGCUUACGGCGCAGGCUCCGGUUUGCUUCGACGCUGAUUCUCAUUAGGCGAUUGCCGAAAACGACAUGGAAAGAGAGGCUGAGCAGUUUUCAUCGAAAACAUUUUCUUAAUAAUAAAACGUUGUUCCAGAUUU